AUGUUGUUUUAUAUUGAUGGAGUUAGGGCCUCCGAUAAAGAUGCUAAAAUUCAAAGCGAAGCUAAAUCACUUGAAAAGCAUGAGGUUGGUGACUAUGAAUUUUUGGUACAGAUCGUCAUUUGGUAUGAAAUGUUAUCAAAUGUGAAUGUGGUGAGCAAAAAGUUGCAAUCAAAGGAUGUGGUUCUUGAUGUUGCUAUUGAUGAAGUGGACAAAUUGAUUAAAUACUUUAAAAAAUAUAGAGAAGAGGGGUUUUCCAAGGCGAUUGAUGAAGCUGUAGAAAUUGCCAAUGAAUUGGGUGUUGAUGCGGGAUUCCCUCAAAAACGUGUGAUACGUAGGAAAAAACAAUUUGAUGAGAAUUCAAAUGUAGAAGAAGUUAUAUUUUCACUCGAUGAGGAUUUUAAAGUCAAUUACUUUUUAUGUAUUGUUGAUCAAGCUAUAAGUUCUCUUGAAACAAGAUUCGAUCAAUACAAAAAAUUCGAAAAUUUAUGGGGUUUUUUGUUUCCUAAAAAGUUGAAGACACUUGAUGAAGCCACUCUUAAGUCUUGUUGUUAUCGUCUUCAAGAUGCAUUGAAAUAUAAAGAAGAAUCGGACAUUGAUGCUAAUGAACUUUAUUUGGAGUUGAAGUUGAUCGAGACAUUCUUACCGAGUUACAUUGUUAGCCCUUUUGAUGCUUUAAACAAUAUCAAGCGGCUUGGUCAUUUCCCUAAUGCUAUAAAUGCGUAUAAAGUGCUUUUGACAAUUCCGGUAACGGUGGCAUCGGCGGAAAGAAGCUUUUCAAAAUUGAAGUUGUUGAAGACUUAUUUACGAUCGACGAUGUCGCAAGAAAGACUUAACGGAUUGGCAAUGAUAUCUAUUGAAAACGAAAUAUUAGAAGGUAUGGAAUAUAAAGACUUGAUCGAGAGUUUUGCUUCAAAAAACGCUAGGAGAGCCGCACGAUUCACUUAA